UCACAGAGAAAGGCAGAGAGAGAGAGAGAGAGAGAGAGAGAGAGGGUGGCAGACAGACAGAUAGAGGGAAGAUCACAGGUCUGUUCAUUCCCACAGCAGCGUCUUAAGUUGGUUUUGUCUGUAACUGAUCUACAGUAUCGAUUAAUCGGAUCGGAUUAAAAUAAUCGAGCGCACGCAGCAUGGACCAUCAUCAUCAUCCUCAUCCUCAUCCUCAUCAGCAUUAUGACGGAGAGACGAACGAGUACAUGCAGCAGGAGGAGGACUGGGACAGAGACCUGCUGCUGGACCCCGCCUGGGAAAAACAGCAGAGGAAGACCUUCACAGCCUGGUGUAACUCUCACCUGAGGAAAGCAGGCACUCAGAUUGAGAACAUUGAUGAGGAUUUUCGAGAUGGACUCAAACUCAUGCUGCUCCUAGAGGUCAUCUCAGGAGAGCGCCUUGCGAAGCCGGAGAGAGGGAAGAUGAGAGUGCAUAAAAUAUCGAAUGUGAACAAAGCUUUAAACUUCAUCACCAGUAAAGGAGUUAAACUGGUGUCCAUUGGAGCAGAAGAGAUUGUUGAUGGGAACGCUAAGAUGACUCUGGGAAUGAUCUGGACCAUCAUCCUUCGCUUUGCCAUCCAGGACAUCUCAGUGGAGGAAACUUCGGCCAAAGAGGGACUGCUGCUGUGGUGCCAGAGGAAAACUGCUCCAUACAAAAACGUCAACAUCCAGAACUUCCACAUCAGCUGGAAGGAUGGUUUGGGAUUCUGUGCUCUGAUCCAUCGGCAUCGUCCAGAGCUCAUAGAUUACGGAAAACUGCGCAAGGAUGACCCUAUGACUAACCUGAACACUGCGUUCGAUGUGGCAGAGAAAUACCUCGACAUCCCUAAAAUGCUGGAUGCAGAGGAUAUCGUUGGUACGGCCCGUCCAGAUGAGAAGGCCAUCAUGACCUACGUUUCUAGCUUCUACCACGCCUUUUCCGGGGCACAGAAGGCAGAGACGGCGGCUAACCGCAUCUGUAAAGUUCUCGCCGUCAAUCAGGAGAACGAGCAGCUGAUGGAGGACUACGAGAAACUCGCCAGUGAUUUGUUGGAGUGGAUCAGGAGGACAAUCCCCUGGUUGGAGAACCGGGUUCCUGAGAGCACCAUGGCCGCCAUGCAGCAGAAACUGGAGGACUUCAGAGAUUAUCGUCGAGUUCAUAAACCUCCUAAAGUCCAGGAGAAAUGUCAGCUGGAGAUCAACUUCAACACGCUGCAGACCAAACUGAGGCUCAGCAACCGUCCGGCAUUCAUGCCCUCUGAGGGAAAGAUGGUGUCGGAUAUUUCCAAUGCAUGGGGGGGGUUGGAGGGGGCGGAGAAAGGUUAUGAGGAGUGGCUUCUGAAUGAAAUCCGCCGACUGGAGAGACUCGACCACCUCGCUGAGAAAUUCAGACAGAAAGCAGCUAUACAUGAGGCCUGGACAGAGGGGAAGGAGACCAUGUUGAAUCAGAAGGACUAUGAGACAGCGUCUCUGUCUGAGAUUAAAGCUCUGCUGAAGAAACAUGAGGCGUUUGAGAGUGACCUCGCUGCUCACCAGGACCGUGUGGAGCAGAUCGCCGCCAUCGCCCAGGAGCUGAAUGAGUUGGAUUAUUAUGACUCUCCCAGUGUGAAUGCUCGCUGUCAAAAAAUCUGUGAUCAGUGGGACGCUCUCGGGGGCCUGACUCAGAAACGCAGUGAGGCCUUAAAGAAAACAGAGAAGCUGCUGGAGACGAUUGAUCAGCUGUACCUGGAGUUUGCUAAGAGAGCAGCACCGUUUAAUAACUGGAUGGAGGGAGCGAUGGAGGACCUGCAGGACACCUUCAUCGUCCACACCAUCGAGGAGAUUCAGGGCCUGAGCACAGCUCAUGAGCAGUUUAAGGCUACUCUCCCGGAUGCAGAUAAGGAGAGACAGACCAUUCUGGGAAUCCACAAUGAAAUAGUUAAAAUCGUCCAAACCUACCAUGUCAACAUCGCGGGAACCAAUCCAUACACCACCAUCAACCCCCAGGAGAUCAACACCAAGUGGGAGAGGGUCAGACAGUUGGUUCCUCAGAGAGACCAGGCGCUGAUCGAGGAACACGCACGGCAGCAGAACAAUGAGCGUCUGCGCAAACAGUUUGCUAAUCAGGCUAAUGUGAUUGGACCCUGGAUCCAGAACAAGAUGGAGGAGAUCGGCCGUAUUUCCAUAGAGAUGCACGGUACCCUGGAGGAUCAGCUGAAUCACCUGCGUCAGUACGAGAAGAGCAUUGUUAACUACAAACCAAAGAUCGAUCAGCUGGAGGGAGAUCACCAACAGAUCCAGGAGGCACUCAUCUUCGACAACAAACACACCAACUACACCAUGGAGCACAUCCGUGUGGGAUGGGAACAGCUCCUCACCACCAUCGCUCGCACUAUCAAUGAGAUCGAGAAUCAGAUUCUGACUCGUGAUGCUAAAGGCAUCAGUCAGGAGCAGCUGAGCGAAUUCAGAGCCUCAUUCAACCACUUUGACCGGGAUCACUCAGGCACUCUGGGCGCUGAGGAGUUCAGAGCGUGUCUCAUCAGUCUGGGCUUCGAUAUCGGAAACGACGCUCAGAAGAGAACAGGCUUGAUGGAUGGAGAGGACUUCCGCACCUGUCUCAUCUCCAUGGGUUAUAAUAUGGGUGAGGCGGAGUUCGCUCGUAUCAUGAGCAUCGUGGAUCCUAACAGACUCGGGGUCGUGACCUUUCAGGCUUUCAUUGACUUCAUGUCUCGAGAAACAGCAGAUACGGACACGGCGGAUCAGGUCAUGGCCUCCUUUAAAGUGCUGGCUGGAGACAAGAACUACAUCACGGCGGAGGAGCUGAGGCGCGAGCUGCCCCCUGAUCAGGCCGAGUACUGUAUCUCCCGCAUGGUGCCCUACAGAGGGAGUGACGCUGUGCCCGGGGCCCUCGACUACAUGUCCUUCUCCACUGCCCUGUAUGGAGAGAGUGACCUCUGACCUCCACACUUGGGGUCAGCCUGCCUUCUUUUCAUCAAACACACACACACACACACACACACACAUUCUCCUGCUCUGUAGCUGCUGAGGUCACUGUACUGAGAUCAGACCCGAGAGUCCAAGCUGUUGGUUCACACCCUAUGUAGUGCACUAGAAGAGGGAACAGUAAGGGACGUUAGUGCAUUACCCCAGGGAAUAAUGGUGCCUACACACUCAGUAGUGCAGUAUAAAUGCCUCCAUUGGGAGCAGAGGGUUGAGCGCAGUACUGGACUGUAGUGCACAUCAUUGUGUCAGGUUCUCAUACCCUAUGUAGCACACUUAUACAGGGAGCAGAGUAUUAAAUGAUUCCCAUUGAGUCAUUUAGUGCACUACACUUCAAACUGGGAUUUAUGUAAGAGCCUUACAGAUGGAGCUGAACAUGUAGUGCACUACAGCGUCCACCCCGGAGAGUCGAUAAAGAGAGUUGAAUCCUCCAUCCCUACUGGAUCCAGGUAGACAACAUUAUUUAAUACCCUGUGUAGGGCACUUCUCUAUACAUACAGCCUCUGUUUUGUCCCCUAACUGGUGCACUUGUAGUGCAGUGAUCUCUGGUCAGCGAGUGGGCGUGUCUCAGCAUGGCUCUGCAAAUGCUCAGUCAGAUUUUGUAUGCCGGUUUAUACCCUGCCUUCCAAACCCACUUCCUCUUCUGUCCUGUUUCUGCUUCUGCAACAUGAAAAAUCUUCCCCAGCUUUUGUACACAUGGGGAGAGUGAGAAAAAAAUCUUCAGUUUUUACUUCAUAUUGUUUUUUUCUCUUCAUAAAAAAGAAUAAAAGUUAACAUAUUUUAUUAUACAGAACCAAAAAAAAGUAUUUUUCUUCACCUGGCUUGAAUAAAAAGUUUA